AUGCAUCUUCACAUCAUCUUUGCUCUCACUAUUGGUCUCUGGGUCUGUUCGUCGGCGGUAACAUGUCCUUGUGGCUGGCGAUUCAAAGCGCACAAUACGAUCUACACCCAUCGACUCUCCAACGAUUUCAGCACCUCUGCUGACGCCCAACCGGCAUUGAACAAUCCAGACGCUGCGAAUUUCAAUCGUGAUUGGAUGAUCUAUGACUUCGAACAGCGCGCGGACAAUCCCACCAUUCGCCUCAAUGCAAAGUACGAUUUUGAGAAUGUCGAAAUCGUUAAUAAACACCUCGUCAUGAAGCAACGAGCCUACAGUCAGGCAGAUUUCGAAGCGUACCGGACAGUUAGCAUGGCUAGAAUCCAAUCAAGAAGGCUUGAUAUGACACAUGGCACAUACCGAACAGUAUUUAAGCUUGAGGGUGACCACGGUGGAGCCUGUGCAGGGUUUUUCUGGUAUCGUGACGACCGUUCUGAGAUUGAUAUUGAGGUUGUCACACCCGGCACAUCAAUCGUGAACAAUACAAUCAACUACACUAUUCACCCCUCACUUUCUGGCAAUGGAUCUCCAAUACCAAACGCAACGGUAUCAAUUCCAAUCAAUGAGGUGGUCACUCAUCUUGGGGAUUUCCACGAGUAUCGCUUCGACUGCCACCCGCAACAAGGCGUAGAUUUCUAUGUCGACGGAAGACUGCAGCACUCCAACAGGCACAACACUCCAAAAUUCGGUGGUAAUUUGCAGCUGAAGCUCUGGGCAGAUGGGAACAACUGGUGGAGUGGGACUCCAAGCACGACCGAGGUUAGGUUGACUGUCAAAAAGAUCAUUGCCUACUUCAAUGUCACAACUCCAGACCCAAAAUUGGCUGCGACUUGCAAGGCUGCUGGCGGCCCGAGUGACAACACAACUUGUGUCGUCGUUUAG